AUGGUGCUGAAACCGCAGCGAGAGCGAGCAUCCUUCGGCUUUACUGAUGAUUAUCAUAAACAACUCGUGCUAGAACUGCACAACGCCUAUCGCCGCAUGAACCGCAACGAUUUGGGAUUAAAACGCAGGAGCCACUUCAUUAUUUCGGGAGCAUUUUGAGUCAAAAGAAAGGCGCUGUAUGUGAUAAAACGACGGACUGUGUGGAUGGCAAACAUAUUUCCUCAUCGUCGACAGCGAAUCUGUUACAGCUCAGGACUGAUUUUCGAGAGACAUGUCUGACAUUACGCGGGACAGUGAUAUAAACUGCCUUGGGAUUUCUGCAACAAGGGCUGGGUGUUUAAAGAGAUGCCUGCCUGAACACUGCCUGAACUAACAAGACGUUGGCACCUGACUUGUGAGGGAUGCAUUUGUUAGCGGUCGGACCUGAAACAUGAGAUGAACGCUAAGGACAAUUGCUGGCUAAUUGGCAAGACUGUAGCUGUAUUUCGUUUCAGGCAAGGCACUUUGCGUUCAUAUUAACACAGUUGCACGUCAGCUAUUCGCGUCGCUUUCGGAAGAUGGCUAAUGAUUGAGGACAAUGUAAAUUGGAGAACAGAAAACGCUAUUCCAUGGCUGGUCCACACUGUCUGCGUGUGCAUCGUAGACUUUAGUUGUUUGACUGUAAGACAAGCCAACGCUACCGUUUGUUUGGACUUGCUGACGAAUAGCUUGCAUUUCUGUUUUCCUCCUUUGAUGAAUAGAUGCCACUGGCAAGAGUACCUGAGGGUAGAAGCUCUUUGUUAGAGGCUGUUCGCGGGAAUCCCCUACAUUUUUAUUCAAGUCGAUUUCCUUGUCCGUUUGGUUCCUGUAAAAAUGUUCGAUUUGACUGUUUUGGGGCCAGUUUUGUAAACGCCUUAAUUAGUGACAGUUCUUAGGUAAAUUAAAAUGUGUCAACAUUUAAAUGACGUGGCUUUUAUUCAUGUGAUAAUAUUACUUAACGUCUAACCAUCAUUAGGUUACCAAAGGAGUUACUAAACAGAUUUUUGAGCGUUACAUGUGCACGUUACCGCCGUCCACAGUCUACACGUGCGUACAAUCAUCUAAGUUGAAACGCGCUCAUUAAUGUAGCUCUCGGAAUCUUUUAAAAACAAACACCUUUCAGUGUCCAAACGGCCACUUAAAGUUAGGCUGACUAGAAAGCGGUGUUCCUCCGGAGACUGAAGCAGCGACACAAGUGUUUUUCCUCGUUGGAAACUAAACCGUAAGUUGUGUUAUGUGACCUGCUGGAGUCCAGUAACAGAUAGCCUUAGCAUUAUAGGCCGUUUAAAACAUAGACCGCCUUUCCAUUAUUCAUAAGACGGGCACAUGUUGUUGGCUAUCGGUGUCAUUGUAUGGUGUUGGGGAUUGUUGAGUCGCAGACCGAUGCUGCGCCGCCAGGGCAAGCAGAAAGGCCGCUGUUGCGUCUUGUUCAGUGACCUGAAGGUUUUCCUACUCAGGCCACCGACACCGUCGGCAUCGCCACCUGCCUUCACACCCAUGAACGAACUAAACGCGGAGGGCAAUGCGACGAGCAGCGCCACGGAGAGCCACUCUUUAGCCAACGGACAUUAUCAACCGGUAACAGGUGAGGAGGCUGUGGACACACGAGGGCCCGAAGAGUGGACCCAUAGCGCAGUGGACCCGCCGAGGACGCUGGACUGCUGCAGCUCAUCUGAAGACUGUUCUAAGGAGAAGCUGGAUGAAAGGUUAUCUCUUAACAGCUGCACGGACAGUGGAGUGAGGACUCCGUUGUGUCGGAUCUGUUUUCAGGGCCCAGAGCAGGGGGAGCUGCUGAGCCCAUGUCGUUGUAGUGGUUCUGUGCGCUGCACUCAUGAGCCCUGUCUUAUUAAAUGGAUUAGUGAGAGAGGAUCCUGGAGCUGUGAACUCUGUUACUACAAAUACCAGGUCAUCGCCAUCAGUACCAAGAACCCACUACAGUGGCAGGCCAUCUCUUUGACAGUGAUAGAGAAAGUGCAGAUAGCUGCAGCUGUUCUGGGUUCCCUGUUCCUGAUAGCCAGUAUCUCCUGGCUGGUGUGGUCAUCCCUCAGCCCAUCGGCCAAGUGGCAACGGCAAGACCUGCUCUUUCAGAUCUGUUAUGCCAUGUAUGGUUUCAUGGACCUGGUGUGCAUCGCUCUGAUCGUCCAUGAAGGACCGUCUGUAUUUCGCAUCUUUAACCGUUGGCAGGCUGUCAAUCAGCAGUGGAAAGUCUUAAAUUAUGACAAGGUCAAAGACAAUGAGGACCACCAGAAGACUGGUGCCACAUUCCGAACCCUUUCUCUGCCGCUGACGCACCGCAUAGGGCAAAGCGGCCCUGAAGGCGAACCCUCCACCUCCACAUCAUCCCUCAUGGCUGCAGCUGCAGCAGCCGGCACUGUCACCCCUACCACAAACUCUGUCCCACCGGCAGCAGGCGCUACGACAGAGCCACAGGACUCGUCUGAGCCCAGCAACGGGCAGCCCUCUCUGCCAGACCACCACUGUGCUUACAACAUCCUUCAUCUACUCAGCCACCUCAGGCAACAGGAGCCGCGUGGACAGGCCAGCAACAGCAACCGCGAACUGGUCAUGAGAGUCACUACAGUCUGAGGCUUCGUUUACACUUCAAUCCCUGCAUGCGACUUAUUUCAAGGAUCGAUGGAGCAGAAUUAAACAGUUAAUCGCUGACUCUGUGCACUGCUGUCUGGGUUCAAGCCGUUUGUCUUUUCUAUUUUUACAGUAUUGAAAGAAACCAAACUUCUUUUUCUCUCGCAGUGGCUGCAGGAACGAUUAUGGCCAUAUAGCUGCAUACUGGAAAGUAUGAGCCACUCAGAAAGGUCAGAGGUCAGUGGAGAGUAUGUAUGUAUGUGUGUGUGUGUGAGCGUGUGAGUUUAUUGUCAGCUCAAGGCCACAGUCAGAGCUGUUCAUUCUGAAGCACAAAUUCAACAAUGCAAUCCAGUUUCUACACCGACAGAUGCUCUUCUGAACUAAAACAGCUCAGAGCUGGAGGUACUAACUCAUUUUCAGAUUACUACAGGUCGUAUUUUCAGAUUAAAUCCUGUUAUUAAUUUAAGCACGGCGCUUGCAACAAAAAGCAAGUCCAAAUGUUUCUUAACACACCAAAAGGUAUACUGAAGGAUCUAACUAUUCUGUUUACAAUUACAAUUUUUUUUUAAGGGAAGUCAAUCAUCUCUAACUUUGCCAGUCUUGUACAUCAAAACUAUCACUACUACUACAAAAAAAGUCGCCCAAUUUGAGGCAAAUCUUGGUCAACUGACUUAUUUUGUUUACAUUUGUUAAAUAUGUGAGAGAAAACAAGGUUGCUACAUUAA